AUGCUUCAGACGCGUGGGAGAAGCCUAAUGUAUCACCUGCUCAAUACAAAGUCCUCGUCUACAGACGAUGACCCGUCCUUCAACUUGACUCUCGCACGGGUGCUUAACAGUCGUCAGAUAUUUACGCAGCACCCAAAUUUGAUGUCAUCGCCAAGUUCUAUUGUUGAGGAUGUCUGCGAUGGCCAGAACAAUCUUCGACUGGACCGCCUAUUUGCAGGUUACUGCGUCGUCGGCUUGAAUGAGAAUCGGACUCUUCUUGCCCUGGGCGGACGUUGGGGCACCGUUGCCGUAUUUCGUUUCACGGAUUCUGGCAAUCUUGAUUGCCUCACUGUCUUUGAUCUUCCAACUCGCAACAAGGUAAUGUCACUCAGCUGGCUCAAUGACCAUCCUGAACACUACUCCGGCUCCGCCCUCCUUGUCGGAGUCUUCCCCCAAGAGACGGUGAGUCUAGCCAUCCCUUUUCCACAUCUGUUGAUAUAG